AUGGAGCCCCGGCGGCGGCCGGAGCUGACGUUUGCACAGGCGAGGCACGUCAACACGUCUCACGCAGCGACCGCCACGCUUCCGGUCGGCUGCAACUUUUUCGCAAGCGUGUCAAGCGGCGGCUCCAUCGCGAUGAACUUUCUGUGCGUGGCAGUGCCGGUGUUAGCGUUGGUGAUGCUCAUUUUGUGGGUGGCGCGGUUCGGUGUCAUGUGCCUCGAGGCACAACAGAUGCGGCACCGCGCGACCCACUGGGGAACACUGCCGAGUUACGCCGAGGUGCAAGCCGUGGCGGCCGCCCUGCGGCCAAAGCGUCAAGCUCAGUCGCAGGAAGCAGCCGAGGAUACUACGCCUGCUGCAGCCACAGCAGCAACCGAAGCUGGAGAUAAUAUGCACUGCAUCAUCUGCUUCUCAACUGUCGUUGACCACCUCGUGGAACUGCUGCCGUGCGGUCAUCAGAAGUUCUGCGCCCACUGUCUCGUGCGGAUAUGGCAGUGCUCUGGGAUGUACCGGCGACUUCGGUGCCCGUUGUGCCGCCAGCCCGCGGAACUCCUGUGCCCCGUACCCGUUGCCGACUCGAAGCCCUCUGUCGAUGAUGUGUUGCUCUUGCGGAAAUACAACGGCGGCUUCUGCGGCACGACGAAGCUGUCGCUGCUGGACCGCUGUGUACUGCGGCUGCGCGUCAUGACGCACGCGCGUCUGCUGCCCAUCGUUAUCGGACUCCGCAUCGUCGUUCUCCACGUCACCAUGUUCACCUACAUACUCUUGCCGGCAAGUCUGACUGAGGCCACUGGCGUCGCACAGCAGCCGCCACAGCAGACUGCUCAACCCCGCGUGCCCUCGUCAGCCUUUGCAGCCGCGUACGCCAGUGCCGUUCACGCCUUCACCGCCGUCGUGUACACCGCCGCGACGUACGCGGACGACCUCUUUCUCGUAGCGGUGAGUAUCAUUCUCACAGGCCACCUCCUGCAGAGGGCGCUAUUCAAAGACCUCAAGCCCUAA